AUGCCGGCCUUGGGUCAACUCCCAACGGAGCUUUUGAUUGUCGUUUUCGAGCAUCUCGACCCAAAAUCACUGCUCGUGGCUGCUACUAUCUGUCGUCUCUGGAAUACCCUUACAAGGUCACCAAAUUUCCAGUACAAGGUUCUUUUACAUCGGUAUUCUAUGGUAGACGGGCCUGCAGACGCUGCAUGGCCCGUCUCUCGGCGAUUAGAGAGCCUCCGAGCGUUUUACGCCCGGUUCAGCACUUUGAGAUGGUAUAAGAGCUAUCGCAUCGCAAUGGAUCCUACAAACCUAUGGGAGCUCUUCUCUGGUGUAUACGCUCAAGCAGCCAUGGAUGAGAACUUUAUCAAAUUUCGUCAGGGACUCUCUCCCACAUUGUUGACCCGGGAGAAAACCUGGACAAUCAGGGUCCCCGUCGAUAUUAAAGACUUUAGUAUGGACAGCUUCCAAGACUUGGCUGUGGUGGUCGCUUCCGGUGGUAACCGGAACACUCAGCCUAUGCACCACAUUCAUUUUCUUUCCAUGGCAGAUGGCCAACCUCAUAAACUCGCCAAGGUCCCUCUCUUUUCUGAGGAGAGUGCUGUGGGGCGGGAUGCAGGGUGUGGAAUCACCAUUCAGAAUCAACAUAUUGGCAUACUUUUUAUGGGAAGCGACGAGGCGGGGGUUUCCUCGAGUGAACUGUUCAUUUGGAACUGGAAAGAAGGGAAACGAUGUUUUCACCUAAAUUCCGAAGGAGGGUAUCUAUUGGAAACAUUCUGUUUCCUGUCACCUCAGCACGUGAUGGUCGCGUCAAGAGAUAGGAAUCCGUUCAACGGAGGGCCUACAUUGGCAUCAUCCCUCGACGUAUACGACUACUCUCAAAGUUCCGAUGAGGUCGUUCCACAUCGGUUUUUGCUACCCAGAGGCAUGAACGGGAUGGCUGUUGACAUUGACAUUUCAUGCGAAGCGGUACCAGAACUGAAUAAAGAUGUUGGACGCCCCUUCUACACUUCGCCCCAUCAGCGCAUCUGCGUCGUAUCUUUCUUCCUCUUCCCGGGGUUUAACACAGGCAACGUAAUCUUCUUUACGUCUUCUCUUCUAGAUUACAUGAGGGAAGAACCUGAUAUGCAUAUUAUCCCCUGGAACCAUUGGGGCAACAAAACACGGGUCACGGGAUGGAGACGAGAUAAUUCUGUUUACAAAAUACGAACCAGUGGGACUAGAGUUGUGCGCUUUGUUCCUGGAAAUGGACCAAGAGUGUGCAAUAUUCAAGUUUGCGAUUUUAACCCGUACGCCAUACCAGAGCAAGAAAAGCUCGAGCACGUCAAGCAACGAUAUGUGGAGGGCCCAACUGACGAAGUCCUCAUACAAAGAGGAAUCUUGGAUGAGCCCAUAUCUUCGCAGCUACCAUAUUUGGAGACGACCACGAAGGGAAGCUUCCGCCAUAAGUAUGUGAUGAUUGACCACGAAAACAUAUAUUUGCUUGGGAAUUCCGUUUCUCAGAGUCCCGAACGCGAGCUGGAAGUAUUAUCCUUUUGA